AUAUAAACCAAUGUUAUAGUAUACCUCGUAGGGACAUCAAGCAAUCAAAGACUUUCAAAGACAUAAGGCCUUAUGGCAUCAAAGAGAAUUCUCAAGGAGCUGAGGGAACUGCAAAGAGACCCUCCAAGUUCAUGCAGUGCAGGUCCGGUGGCAGAAGACAUGUUCCAGUGGCAAGCGACAAUACUCGGCCCUGGCGACAGCCCCUAUUGCGGUGGGGUUUUUAUUGUUAACAUCCACUUCCCUACGGACUACCCUUUCAAGCCUCCAAAGGUCGUGUUUAGAACCAAAGUGUUCCACCCAAACAUAAACAGCAAUGGGAAUAUUUGUUUAGAUAUUCUUAAAGAGCAGUGGAGUCCUGCACUCACCAUUUCGAAGGUUUUGCUAUCGAUAUGUUCGCUGCUGACGGACCCAAAUGCAGAUGAUCCACUUGUUCCUGAGAUUGCUCAUAUAUACAAGACUGACAAAGUCAAGUACGAAACGAUUGCUCGUAGCUGGACUUACAAGUAUGCAAUGGGUUGACCCACACUUGCCCGUGUAAUUUUGUUGUCACUCUACUCUCCCCCACGACAGCUUGUUUGUUUGUUUAGCUUUAGACAAAUUGCCAUUUAACAACCAUCAUCUGCUUCCACUACUUCAAUCUAAACCUAAAUAAAUGAAUAUCUUUCUAGUUGAUAUCA